AAACGGAAGUGCUCCCGGGAUGAGUCCGGGUAGUAGCUCGGUGGCUGAGCGCACCAUGGAGCACGUGACGGAGGGUUCCUGGGAGUCGCUGCCGGUGCCGCUGCAUCCGCAGGUGCUGAGUGUCUUGCGGGAGCUCCGUUUUCCGUACAUGACGCCCGUGCAGUCCGCAACCAUCCCUUUGUUCAUGAAAAACAAAGACGUUGCUGCAGAAGCGGUCACAGGUAGUGGCAAAACCCUCGCUUUCGUCAUCCCCAUUGUGGAAAUUCUCCUGAGGAGGGAAGAGAAGUUAAAGAAGAGUCAGGUGGGCGCCAUAAUCAUCACACCCACGCGAGAGCUGGCUGUUCAGAUAGACGAGGUCCUGUCUCAUUUCACGAAGCCCUUCCCACAGUUUAGCCAGAUUCUCUGGAUUGGAGGCAGGAAUCCUGGAGAAGAUGUUGCCAGAUUUAAGGAGCUUGGUGGGAAUAUCAUCGUGGCAACCCCAGGCCGCCUGGAGGACAUGUUCCGAAGGAAGGCUGAGGGCCUCGAUCUGGCCAGCAGCGUGAGGUCCCUGGAGGUCCUGGUAUUGGAUGAAGCAGACAGGCUUCUGGACAUGGGUUUUGAGACAAGCAUAAAUACUAUCCUGGAGUUUUUGCCAAAGCAGAGGAGAACGGGCCUUUUCUCGGCCACUCAGACACAGGAAGUGGAGAACCUGGUGAGAGCAGGCCUGCGGAACCCUGUGCGCAUCUCCGUGAAGGAGAAGGGCGUGGCAGCCAGCAGCACCCAGAAAACCCCUUCCCGCCUGGAGAACUACUACAUGGUCUGUAAGGCAGAUGAGAAAUUUAAUCAGUUGGUACAUUUUCUUCGAAAUCAUAAGCAGGAGAAACAUCUGGUCUUCUUCAGCACCUGCGCCUGUGUGGAAUACUACGGAAAGGCUCUGGAGGCCCUGGUGAAGGGUGUGAAGAUAAUGUGCAUUCAUGGAAAGAUGAAAUACAAGCGCAAUAAGAUCUUCAUGGAGUUCCGCAAAUUGCAGAGUGGGAUUUUAGUGUGCACUGAUGUGAUGGCCCGAGGAAUAGAUAUUCCUGAAGUAAACUGGGUUUUGCAGUACGAUCCUCCCAGUAACGCCAGCGCCUUCGUGCAUCGCUGUGGCCGCACAGCCCGCAUCGGCCACGGUGGCAGCGCGCUCGUGUUUCUCCUUCCCAUGGAAGAGUCGUACAUCAACUUCCUUGCAAUUAACCAAAAAUGCCCCCUGCAGGAGACGAAACUCCAGAACACCACAGCUGACCUCCUUCCAAAGCUCAAGGCCAUGGCCCUGGCCGACAGAGCCGUGUUUGAGAAGGGCAUGAAAGCUUUCGUGUCAUACAUCCAGGCUUAUGCCAAGCACGAGUGCAACCUCAUCUUCAGAUUAAAGGAUCUUGAUUUUGCUAGUCUUGCUCGAGGUUUUGCCCUGCUGAGGAUGCCCAAGAUGCCAGAGCUGAGAGGAAAGCAGUUUCCAGAUUUUGUGCCUGUGGAUGUCAACACAGAUACCAUUCCGUUUAAAGACAAAAUCAGAGAAAAGCAGAGGCAGAAGCAAUUAUUGGAGCAGCAAAGAAAAGAGAAAACAGAAAAUGACGGGAGAAGAAAAUUCAUAAAAAAUAAAGCUUGGUCAAAGCAGAAGGCCAAAAAGGAAAAGAAGAAAAAACUGAAUGAAAAAAGGAAAAGGGAAGAGGGUUCUGAUAUGGAAGAUGAAGACAUGGAGGAACUUCUGAAUGACACAAGGCUCUUGAAAAAGUUUAAAAAAGGCAAAAUUACUGAAGAAGAAUUUGAGAAGGGGCUGUUGACAAGUGGCAAGAGAUCAACAAACACAGCAGAUUUGGAGAUCUCAGAUUUGGAAGAUGAUUGCUGAUUCCCGUCCCUCAGGUCAAUCUCCAAAGCAGAAAAUCUGACCAGAAUCUGACUGACCCCACUGCAGUGGCUCAGGGGAACUGGGAAACCACUGGUUGCAAUGGUGGAGUCCUGAGGAUAAGCAGGGUUAGAGGAAUGAACCAUAACAUACAAUGUGGUUGGGUGUCCGAAGUCAUCAGUGGAGCUCCGUGCCCUGAGCAAGGACCUGUGGAGAACUGAUGCUCCUACCUUGUUAAUGAUUCCUCCGUUUUCAACAACUCCUUCAGCACCAACUAUGACAAGAUCCACCUUCUCCAUGAUGUAGCUACAGAAAUGAAAAACAAAUUUUUAAUGCUCCCUUUCUUUGCUCUUGCAACAUCACCUGCAAAGAUUAAUACUCCCAUUUUCAGCAAAGUAUAUUCCUCUCAUAACUUUCUUCCAAAGAGCACUGAACACCUGAGACAGCCCUUGGCCCUGUUACCGGUUCUGCUACAGAGGCGUUUUGAUGAUACCAUGAUAAGAGGUAUAACUCACGCUGCUACCCAGUAAGCACACGCGUACGUGUGUAGCUGAAGCAAGGAUUUCAUGACCCGGCGUUUAUCUUUACUAUAUGUGGCACACUAAUUUUUGUUCUUUGUCAAACUACAAACAAAACAAAAAUUAAAAAACCUGAUGUGAUCUGAAGUUGGAAAAAAAUGUAAUUCAAGAAUUUUGCAGAUUGGGUGGGGGCCAAUUUACCUUUUAAAAUGAGCAACUACUAGAAUCCUUCAAAAUGUUUACCUUUCCCCACUCCCCUCCUACUUUUUGGCCACAGUGCAUACAUAGCAUGCAGGAUCUUAGUUCCCAGACCAGGGACUGAACCCAUGCCCAUGCAGUGAAAGCACAGAAUCUUAACCACUGGACUGCCAGGGAAGUCCCCAAAAUGUUUAUUCUUAAACACAUUCCUAAUUUCCUUAAUCAUCUCCCUAUGUGUUUUCUU